AUGCCCGAUAAUUUAUUGACGGCUUUAGAAGAUGGAAUAGUAUUGAAUCAAUUAGCACAGUACGUUCAUCAAGUUGGUGAUAGUUAUUUUGAUUCGCAUACUGGAUUGUCUCGGAAAGUCAAGAAACUUCCUUCUAAAUGUCCAAAGUAUCGGCAGAAUGCAUCAUCUAACCCGUUCUUUGCGCGGGAUAAUAUUUCGAAUUUUAUUACCUGGUGCAAACAGCUAGGUGUUCCCGAAGUGAUCAUGUUCGAAACUGAAGAUUUAGUGUCCCAAAAAAACAUUAAAAGUGUUUUACUCUGCCUUUUAGAAAUAUCUAGAAUAGCCGUGAAGUACGGUGUUGCACCAACGGCUAUUAUAGCCCUUGAGAACGAGAUGGACAAAGACCAAGGGCGAAGCGAUUGCAGCGACGACAGUAAUUCAAAUUCUCCCAGUAGAGGAACUAAACAGAAAUCUAUGAUUCCCGUAAAAGGCAUAAAGAAGCAAAAUGAAGAUACAAUCCAAAACUUACUUGCAAAAUGUACCUGUAAGAGAAAAUUUAUGUUAAGAAAAUUAUCGGAAGGAAAAUACCGUGUAGGAGAAGAUGGACCUGUUAUUUUCAUAAGGGUAUUGAGACAUCAUAUAAUGGUUCGCGUUGGAGGUGGUUGGGAUACACUACGAAAUUACGUUGAUAAACAUGAUCCAUGUUUGUAUACCGGUAUGCUAACUAUUACAGAUGAUCGAAGAAUAAGUUUCUUUCUGUUUAUGGCAUUUACGUUUUUGCUCUUACAGCUAUUGGAGAGAACAAUGAUAAAAAAGCGAAAGAUAAAAAAUCACCCGGUAUUCUAUGAUAAUUUAGUUGAUAUGAAUAUUCCGUACGUUAAAUCAACCUAA